AUGAUGUUCUUUUUAUUCACAAAAAUUUAUGUAAUAUAUAACGCGGUGGAAAGUAAAAAUGGCGAUGUCAAGACAUUUCAAUCAAUUCUUAUUGAUCAACCAAGUAUCGUUAAAAUGAGAGGUGUUUAUGAAACAACACUGUUGAUGCAAGCUGUAUGUUACAAUACAUCAUCAAUAGUGAAAUGUUUGAUUAAUGCUGGUAGUGAUGUGAAUACUGUGGAUAAAAAUAAAUGGAAUGCAUAUCACUACAGUGUGUGUUGUGGUCAUCAUGAUGUUUUGAAAGUUUUGAUUAAUCAUGACGUCACAAAUAUAAACAAUGUAAGCAGUAACAAUAACACACCAUUACAUUUUGCAUCUCGUGAUGGUCAUACUGAUUGUGUGAAGUUGUUGUCGUCGAUCCCACACAUUGAUGUUAAUAUACGGAACAAACAGAACAAAACUGUUUAUGAUGUUACUUGUAAUAACACUAUCAAACGUUUAUUACAAGAACAUUAG